AUGUCCAUAUACGCUGCAUCAGCCGCCGACGAGCGUGCCGCUCAGAUCGAGACCAAACGCGCUGCUCAUGUCUGCCACGUCCAUCUAUUCCGACUACACACCCGUCUCCGGUGCUCGCAACGGCGCAAUACUUGUGAAAUACCCAACGAUGAACGGAUCCGCGAUAUCGUGAACGAACGCGUCAGGGUACUGUUGGUGUUAGGUGACAGUGAGAUGAUCGCGAUACCUUGCUCUUCUCUGUUCUGGCUCUCUACGCCAGCUCCGUCGUCCACCAAAGACAAUCGUCCGGAAACCGCCAUUCCCAACGUUGAAAGCAAGCCCGACAAGAAGGAUGGGCUGGGUUGGGUCCUUAAAAGAUUCCCGGUACUGGCCCGCCGAAAGUCGGGGGAGACUACUUUUUCGGUGCAGUCCGUCGAAUCCUCUAUUAAAACCGCCCAAAAAGAUUCCAAGCUGUCUUUGAGAUCAAGAUUAUCUCCAUUCAAAAAGUCAAGCGAAGGAUCCGGCGCCGAUAGACACCAGUGGAAGGGGCGGAGGUGGAACGGACGGAGGUAG